AUGGGGAAAUCACAGUCGAAGCUUUCCCAAGAACAGCUCCUCGAGCUCCAAAAGUCGACUCACUUUGACAAGAAGGAGCUACAACAGUGGUACAAGGGUUUCCUCAAGGACUGCCCCUCGGGUCUGCUCAGCAAGCAAGAGUUUCAAAAGAUUUACCGCCAAUUCUUCCCGUUUGGCGAUCCGAGCUCGUUUGCCGACUAUGUAUUCAACGUCUUUGACAGCGACCGCUCCGGCACCAUUGACUUCAAGGAGUUUAUCUGCGCCCUAAGCGUUACUAGCCGGGGCAAGAUGGAGGACAAGCUCGACUGGGCCUUUCAGCUGUACGACAUUGACCGCGACGGCAAGAUAACGUACGACGAAAUGCUUCAAAUUGUUGAAGCCAUCUACAAAAUGGUCGGCUCCAUGGUCAAGCUUCCCGAAGACGAAGACACCCCCGAGAAGCGCGUCCGCAAAAUCUUCCGCAUGAUGGACAAGGACGAGAACGGCAGCUUGGAUAUUGAAGAGUUCAAGGAGGGCAGCAAACGUGACGAAACCAUUGUCUCGGCCCUCUCCCUCUACGACGGACUCGUCUAA